CCGUUUGCAUUAUCGGUCUUUGAAUCACCUAAUGAAGCGCGUGCAUAGAGUUGCCGUCGCAGCAAGAUUCUUUUCUCGGGUUUCUCCAUGUACAGUUUUUUGAAAAAACGAGAGCAUGGCACCUUACGUCCUUGGAAAUUCGUUCGUGCUGAGUCAACCAAGCGAGCAUAUUCGUUACAAUUGAGCCCUACAAAAGAAGUCGCUCGAGCACAUCGGGGCUCUGUCCAGUCAAUAAAAGUUGAAAAUAUUGAGCAGCGCUACAUGCUGUCAGGCGGUGGCGAUGGACGUAUUCAUGUGUAUGAUCUUAACACACCUCCUAACAAAGAUGGACACGUGCAAAUUGAACCUAUAGCCAGUGUUUCAAGAAAAAAUCGACAUAAUUAUGCAGUAACGACUGUUGCGUGGUUUCCAUUCGACACGGGCAUGUUCGUCAGCUCUAGCAGCGAUAAUACGAUCCGGGUCUGGGAUACAAACUCCAUGACGCCAGCAUGCGUGUUUGAUCUGGAAUCGCACGUUCAUUGCCAAGCUAUCUCUCCUGUUGCAUCGCAUUGCCUCGUAGCCAGCGCUGCAGACGAGCCCCGGAUACGACUUUGUGAUCUUAAAAGCGGUGCAAGUACGCAUUCAUUAACGGGUCACAAUGGAUCGGUAUUAUCGGUCGCAUGGUCCCCGCGUCAAGACCACGUGCUGUACUCUGGCGGAAAUGACGGAACGGUUCGGGUUUGGGAUAUCCGACGUGCUAGAUCAUGCUUAAUGUCGCUGGAUCAACACAAUGCAGUCAAUAACGAUCCAUUGGCUGAUACGAAUAAGGCACAUGGCGCGGGCGUCAAUGGUCUUGUCUUUUCGAGUGAUAGCGAACGCUUGAUAACCCUUGGCUUGGAUGAAAAGAUACGGAUGUGGGAUGCGUAUACGGGUCGGAAUACUCUCGUUAAUUACGGCUCAUUAUGGCGUAACCGGUUCCAGUGGUACAUGGAAGCGACGGUGUCAGGCCCAGAUGUAUGGCCGCCGCUAUUGUAUGUGCCCAGCGACGAUCAGCAGGUGUUGGUGUAUGAGCUCAACACGGGUCGAUUAUCAAGACGACUGAAAGGCGCAUACGGACGUGUGACAUGUGUGGAGAAACGGGCCGGCCUUCAAGAACUUUAUAGUGGCUCAAUUGAUUGUGAAGUCUUAGUCUGGGAACCUGCAGAAGACCAUGCUUCGACGAUGGACGAUGAGCAUCCAAGUGAGGAGGAUGCUUGGAGCGAGAGCGAAGAAGAAUAGCAGUUGCUUCCACUAAUAUGUGCUAAGCGGCGGGUCACCCAGGUCCGCAAGAUUUUGUGUGGGCGUAAUGCACCAAAAAAGGAAGCCGCAGCUAAUUAU